CAAGCAACAUGGACCCAGUCCCCAUCCGCUGGAUCCACAAGACUCGCAAUGGUCGGACCAGAUUUCGUUGUCAGCCUGCCUUUAUCAUCUUCAUCGUGUCAACUACCGUUUCUGACACAAGUUGGGUUCUCCUGAAUUGCUGGGAUUCUCAUAUUCGGCACAAAGUUGCGGUUGAGAAAUGGAAGAAAUUGAACUGGUCGUCAUUGGCGCAGGGUGGUACGGGCUUGCCGAAGCCAAAGUAUUCCAUGAGAUCAAUCCAUCCAAGUCGUUCUUGAUCUUGGAAUCUGCAGCAACGCUCGGUGGUGUUUGGGCCGCGGAACGGCUUUAUCCUGGACUGAAGACGAACAACAUGCUUGGGACUUAUGAAUAUCCAGAUUUCCCAAUGAAAACCGAAGUUUUCGGUGUAAAGCCAGGCGAACACAUCCCAGGGGCAGCUGUUCACGAUUAUCUUAUGCAAUAUGCAGAGAAGUUUGACAUUAUUGACCACAUUCACUACCAAAGUAGGGUCGAAGUCGCCGAGCACCAAGAGAAUGGUGGAUGGGUCUUAAAGGUCCUCACCCACGGAGAAGAUACAAACAGUAGACGGUAUACAGAGAUAAGGGCGAGAAAGCUUGUCGUUGCAACAGGCCUGACAUCUGAUCCGUUUCUCCCCGACAUUGACGGCCAGGAGUCUUUUGGAGCUCCAGUAUUCCAUAACAGCAAGCUUCAGCAACACGCAGACAUUCCUGACGAUUCUAAGAGAAGAGUAACGGUGUUUGGUGCGACAAAGUCUGGGUGGGAUGCUGUGUAUGCCUAUGCGACCAGGGGCGUCAAGGUAGACUGGGUCAUUCGGGAAUCCGGGCACGGCCCUGCGUGGAUGGCGCCGCCUUAUGUGACACCCUUGAAGAAAUGGCUCGAGAAACUUGUGAAUACUCGAUUGCUGACUUGGUUCAGUCCCUGUAUCUGGGCUGCAGCUGGCGGUUAUAGUGGCAUUCGGUGGUUUUGGCAUGAAACGUCCAUCGGUCGCGCAAUCACGAACACCUUCUGGUCUAUUCUGGGCAACGACGUCAUCACCCUAAACAAGUAUGAUUCUCAUCCCGAGAUGGCAAAGUUGAAACCGUGGAGUCUACCGAUGUUCACAGCGUCGAGUUUUUCUAUACUCAACUAUGAUACCGACUUCUUCGAGCUAGUCCGCAACGGAACAGUCAAGAUACACAUCGCCGACAUCACCGGGCUCUCGGAUCACACCGUUCACUUGUCCGAUGGCCUGAAGCUGCAAUCCAGCGCGCUGUGCUGCGUUACCGGGUGGAAGCAUCUGCCACCUAUGCGAUUCCUUCCGGAAGGCAUCGAUAGGGAGCUUGGCAUCCCGCACACUCCUUCAGUGUCUGACCCUUCUGCGUUGGUCGCGAAAGCCGAUGAGGAGAUCCUCAAGAGGUUCCCUCGUCUCAAGGACCAACCCGUUCAGAACAAACACCUCGUCCCGCUCCUAGAAAACAAAGGCAUAUCGACUUCGGAGCAAGUCAACCCCUCAACAAAUCUCACACCGUACAUGCAGUACCGAUUCAUGAUCCCGUCAUCCGCUAGUCUGCUCAAACAUAGAGACAUAGCUUUUGCUGGCAUGUUGAUGAACUUUUCAACCUCGAUCAUGGCACACGUCCAGGCGCUGUGGAUCAACGCAUACUUCCGAGAUGAACUCGACUUUCCUGAUUGGACGUCUUCUGACGUGCUGGAAAAGCUUCAGUACGAAACUGUCCUUUUUAGUCGUUUCGGCAAAUGGCGAUACCCCGGUGGACACGGCGCACAGCAACCCGACUUCGUGUUUGAUGCAGUCUCUUAUCUGGACCUGCUGGUAGCCGACCUGGGGUUGCAAGUACAUCGCAAGAAAGGACAUUUGGCGGAGAUCUUGGAACCAUACGGACCAGAGGAUUACAGCAACGUGGUUGCAGAAUGGACGGAGAAGCGCCACGACCAAGGCCGCCCGGCAUGAUCGAAUUUGUCAAUACGGUAGUAUAAACCCACCGUCGACACCCCCAUAUGUUGGGUUUACGAUAUAGUUACGUGUUUGAAGCCAAAAGUCUGGUGAUGAACUUAACGCACGGUUUGCUGCUAGGAGUGCCUAAGAUAACCUGAGUAAAACAAGUGUCCAGCUUAGUUAGAAUACAUAUAGCCUAACAGGUGAAGUUCUGUAGUCAUUCAAUUGACGUAUUAUGUAG